AUGGAAUUAUAUUUAUUAAGAUGCGAAGAUGUAUAUAAGUUUGAUUUUUUUUAGGGGCGUGGUUUUUAUAAUAAAAAUGGUUAAAAGUAGGGCAAAUGGAUUGAGCUUGAUAAAGAGUUUUAUAUUGAAAAACUAGUUUGUUAUAUAGGCGAAUAUAAUGGGAAUGGAGUGAAGGUAGGAGGAUGGGAUAUUAUUUACAAGAUGUCUAAUUAUUUACCAUAUAAUUAAAUGUAAAUAUUAUUUAAGUGUAAAGGGGGAAUAAAUAUGAGUAUAUAAUGUUUAUAGAUCAUGUGAUUAAGAAGGAAAUGCGAAAAAAAAUUGGAAAGUUGGUAGAAUUGUUUGAGGGAUUUUAAUAUUGCUCUUAAGUCACUUAUAAUGGUGAAUAUCAUAAAAAUGGCAUAAAGAAAGGCAGAUGGUAUUGUAUGUAUUGUGCUCCUGAUAAGGAUGAAUAUAAAUAUAUGUAAAUAUUAGAUAAGGUACAAAGGGGAAUAUAAAUAAAUAUAUAGUGGUGGGGGAUUAUACGAUUAAGAAGGAAAUCAAAAAAAGAUAGGAAAGUGGAUAGAAUUGGUUGAAGGGUUUUCACAAUAUGCAUAAGCCACUAAUAAUGGUGAAUAUCGUAUGAAAGGUCAAAAAGUAGAUAUUUGGGUUAAAAUGGAUAUAGGAUACAAUUAGAAAAGAGGAGAAACAAAAUAUCAUAUUUGUAAAUUUACAAAUAACCUAAUAUAAAUAGUAACAUAUAAUAGCAUUUUAUUGAUUUUUAAUAAAUAAGAAAUUAACUUUCUUUAACUCUUUUCAUUUUAUAAUUCCAAAGAUAAAAAGAUUAUGAUAUAAAUUUUUGAUUGA